AAACGCAAUCGUAAGUAAGAACUCGCAAUAAGUCGUGUUAAGUUCGUGAGAAUCAUUGCAAUUUUUGUUCCAACACGAGCCCCAACUAAUAUCUCAUCGUCCCAAGGUAGAAAAGAAAUUUUUGUUUCUUUUUCUUCCUUGCGAUCGUUUUCAAUUGAUAAAAAAAAAAAAAAAUUAACUAAUAAACAAACAACAAACAAACAAAACCCCGUCCACAAAUGAAGAGUAAAAUAUUAGUCAAAAUAAAUUGAAAAGUGUCUGACGUUAAAAAAAAAAAAAAAAAAAAGAAAAAAGAAACUUAACACAAAGUGCUACGAUAAAACAUUAGACAUCAAAUCUAAUCGUAAAAAUAAAUAGUGUUGCAACUUAACCUAACAAUUACAAAUACGCGAUUGAGACAGUGCAAUUGAAAACGCAAUUGAAUUUGUAUUAGUUGAGUGUGAAAAAAAGAGUCUAGUGUGUAAAGAAGAAGAGGAGGAGGAGGAGGAGGAGGGGGAGAAGAAAUAAAAUCGAGAAUAAAAGAUAGAUAAAAAAAUUAACCUUAAAAAUUGAAGUGUUUUAAAGACGUCUAUUAUUUAACAUUAAAGUAAAACUUCGUUGAUUCGAUAAAAUCUAAGAAAGGAAGGAAGGAAGAAAGGGAGGUGGUGAAGAAAAGAAACCUGGGCCAAAUUUCUUGGCACAUUUUUCAUCGACGGACAAAAAGGAGUCACAACAUUUCCACGAUUCACGGUCUAUGAGCGCCAAGAGCCAAGGGGACCCUGGAGAAGAUCACGCUUCCAGGGUAGGAGCGGAAAGCCCUUGCAGCGAUAUGAAGCGUGCAGCUGCCAAGAAGCUUAUUGAAAGGUACUUUUAUCAACUUACCGAAGGAUGUGGUAAUCCUCAAUGUAGUAACCAAAACUGCGCAUCCAGUGGGAAAAUAACUAAUCUAACACCAAACCAAGCAGCUGCUCAAGCCAUACAGUUGUUCUCACAAGAAGCUCGGUUAUGCGAUGGUACUCAACCGAGUAAAGUUGCUAGAACUACUUUGGAACCGGGACCAGCAUCAUUGGCUAAAAGUCUACCUGUUAAAAAUGUAAAUCCUACUUGCUCGGAUGAAGGUAAAUCAGAACCAUAUCUAACCGAAGCCAAACUUCUGGAUAUAAUAAAUAAAUGUAAAUCGGAAAGGGCAUAUGAAUUAUUGAUACGUACAUUGGGAAAAGUAUUUUCUUCUAGAGAAGCAUUAAGCCGAAGUUUUCAAAAGACUGAAAAAAAUGAUUCACCAUUGGCGGCAUUACUUGAUAGAGCACCUGAUAAUCUUUUAAGGCCGCCUGCAGAUUUAAACAAAGAGGCUGUACGUUCCUUACAAGGUGAAGAUAAAGAAGAAGACAGUAGCGAUCCAACACCAACAGUUCCUCCUAACGACGAUGAUACUAGCGUUGAUUUACUUGCUGUUAGAAGAGCUUUUAAAGCGUUAUGGACACUUCCAGGGAAAGCAUUUGAAUCGGCACUUGUAAAUGCACUAGUCACAUUAGCGGAUACAAUAGAAUUACAUUUAAGAGUAUUUGGAAAAACACCACCUCACAGCAUGGACAGUCUUUUAAAUGUAUUUUUAAUCGUAUUUGAAAUACCAAUGUUGGGAAAUAGCGAAUAUCUUGAAUUAGCACUUCAUAUGCUUUGUAAAGCUGUUAGCUGUUUUCCGACAGUAGCUCAAGCAAAAUUAGCACGCAUAUGGGCCAGACAUUGUAAACCUACGUUGCCUAAUCUUCUUCAAGCUUUACAAGAAUUGAUUACCGUUAAGGUAAUAAGUGGAUCAUUUACACGGGAUUAUUGUGUACAAGAUGCAGAUACCAUAACUGCUCCUACAAAAGUUAUGAGGAUUCUUUAUUAUGCUAGUAUGUUAGCUGGAGAAUUAGAUAGUAGUGAAUUAGGGACGACUGAAGAUGGUGAUACGACAAAACUUGACAAAUCUUGUAAAAUCACUUCGCAAAUCCCACAGGAUCCAUUAGCCAAAGAAUUAGGAAUUUCUGCGUUGGAUGCUCGCAAACCAUUUAUAUCUUUUACCGAUUUUUAUAAUGAACCGUUGAGUGAUGCUAUCGAAAUGGAUAAAGAUUUUGCUUAUUACAAAAGCGAAGAACCUCAGAAAUUUAGUUUUAUGAAUUAUCCGUUUAUCCUUACGCCAGCUACAAAAACAUUGGGCCUAUAUUACGAUAAUCGUAUAAGAAUGUAUAACGAAAGAAGAAUGAGUUUCUUACAAACUGUUGUUGGACAACCGACUAAUCCAUAUCUUAGAUUAAAAGUACGUAGAGAUCAUUUGAUAGACGAUGCAUUGGUCGAAUUGGAAAUGGUAGCUAUGGAAAAUCCAUCGGAUCUUAAAAAACAAUUGGUUGUCGAAUUUGAGGGUGAACAAGGUGUAGAUGAAGGUGGUGUAUCUAAAGAAUUCUUUCAAUUAGUUAUAGAAGAAAUCUUCAAUCCUGAUUAUGGCAUGUUUACGACUCAGGAAGACACACAAUUAACGUGGUUUAAUCCUACAUCGUUUGAAAUCGACGCACAAUUUACGUUAAUAGGAAUUGUCAUUGGAUUAGCUAUUUAUAACAACGUCAUUUUGGAUGUACGUUUUCCUAUGGUAGUUUAUCGAAAAUUAUUAGGUAGAAAAGGUGGAUUUGCCGAUUUAGAAGAUUGGAGUCCUACUUUAUAUAGAACGUUAACGGAAUUAUUAGCAUAUACUGAAGAUGAUAUGUCGGAUACAUUUAUGCAAACCUUCCGUGUUGGUUACAAAGAUGUUUUUGGUUCUAUGUCGUUUCAUGAUUUACGCGAGAACGGUGAUGAAACUUACGUAACUCAAGCAAAUAAAAAAGAAUUUGUAGAUCUUUAUGCGGAUUUUUUGUUAAAUAAAUCAGUCGAAAGACAAUUCAAAGCGUUCAGGCGUGGUUUUCAAAUGGUUACCGAUGAAAGUCCGCUUGCUUUACUUUUCCGACCAGAAGAAAUUGAACAGCUUGUUUGUGGUAGUAAAAUAUUUGAUUUCGCUGAAUUGGAAGCAGCAACGGAAUACGAGGGUGGUUAUACGGUUGACAGUGAAGCAGUUCGUAAUUUUUGGCGAGUUGCUCAUUCGUUACCACCGGAAAGUCAAAGAAGGUUACUUCAGUUUACUACGGGUAGCGAUCGAGUUCCAGUUGGUGGUCUUUCUAGGCUUAAAAUGGUUAUUGCAAGACAUGGUCCAGAUUCAGACAGAUUACCCAUCGCCCACACAUGCUUCAACGUUUUACUAUUACCGGACUAUAGUACGAUUGAAAAGUUACAAGAUCGUUUAUUAAAAGCAAUCAACUAUUCUAAAGGUUUUGGCAUGUUGUGAAUGUGUACCAAAGCUUCAUCAAUUAAUCAACACUAUAUCAAAGUGAAUAAUGAUGAAUACUUUAAAUACACAUACAUCAGGAUAUAUAAAAAAUCAUGUUUCUUAAUCUUCUUAAAAACCCGAUCACACAUUACACAUGGACAUAAUAUUUAUUAUUAUGUAAUUAUGUUCUAUAAAAGAGAGAUAAUAAGCGUGUGUGGUGGUGGUGGUUGUGGUGUGCUGCGUGCAAUUGUGGGUGUUGUUUAUGCUUUCAACAACAACAACAACAACAAAAAUAACCAAAAUAAAAAUAACAACAAUAAAUUGUGCUCAAUUGAUAACAACAAUAAUAACCAACAAUUACAAUGCUCUUCUCAGUAUCCACUGUUAUCGAUUAUCCUUUCCAGGGUUCAUCGUUUAAUGAGAACACACCUGCACGUUAAAUACAAAUUGAUAUAAAAACAAAAGACCUCUUCUUGAUAGCAAUAGAAUAAUUAUCAACAAAAAAAAA